AUGCGCCAGAAAUAUAUGCAGGAGCUAGAGCUCUCACACAUUGUGGAGGAGAACAGAGAAUAUGGGGGAGAACACGGAAUGCGGAUAAGAUUUACCCUGAAAAGCCAGUUCAACGUAGCAGAGAAUAGGAUGGGCUUUCUCUUUCCCCUCAGCUGCCUCCUGCUCUUGGCAUUCCCGAGUGCCCAGACUGCCAGGCUGGUAACUCGAGCCUCCAAAUUAAUCAACACACAGCGCCCAGUUCAAGCCCAGGCAGACAAGCCCGGGAGCCAGACAAGCUCUCCUCUGGUGACCCCAGGGCCCCAACCCCGCAGCCCCUCCCGCCACCCUCACAGGCCACGCUUCCUCCACUGCCUGCCCCCGCCCCGCACUCCCCAGGGCAGGUGCCCGGGGCCUGGUUGGGGGGAGCGGGGGGCUGCGGUGGCCCCGACUGGGCGAUGGGCGUCUUACCUCGCGGGGGGACGCUCGCCGCGCCGGAAGCCGCCCGGUCGCAGCCCGCGCGGCGCGCACGUCCCGGUUCCGCCGCGUCCGAACCCACGCGCGACCCGGCGGCCUGGUCCCUGCGCUUUUACCGUCCGGCGCAGCGGCUGCACGUUGGCGGCGGGUGGAGAAGCGGCGAGAGGGCACCGCCGCGGGAGCCGAGAGCAGGCAGGGCCGCCCGAGUGCCGACGCCCGGCGCGCCUCCCGCUUAAUCUGGGCACGGCCGCUGGCCACUCCCCCCACCCCGCUCCGCCGCCUCCCCAACGCACACCCCCAAAUUCCCCACCUCCGACCCGCGCCCCCCAGGCCCCGCCCCGGCCCCAGGACCUCGGGAGCAUCCUCUCCGAACCCCUUACCCUGGAUCCGCGCCCACCUGCCCCGCCGCGCGCGGCCUCCGCUGCGCUCCUGGGCACGGUGCCCGGCUCGGAGGGACAUUGCCUGGUGAGUUGA